UCCAAACGGAUCGGUCUUUUUUUUAGUCUCUUUCGGUGGGAAAUACUUUUUUUUAGUUAUUUUGUUUUAGUGAAAAGUGAUAAAAAUGCACGGAGCUGCCAGAAGGAGCAGACUCCUGAUUUAUUUGACCCUGAUACUAACGUACAUUCUGGAUAUAUCACCUGGUGCGGAUGGCUUUGCUAAUUCGCCAAAAAUUAUCAGCAAGGAUGGAAAUCUAAUUUUUGAGUCCGGGGCCAAUCGAAACAUCAGCUUCCGGCUGAGCGGAAGCUCCAGGCUCAUCGUCAAUGAGGACCUGGACGUCCUGGAGCUGCUCCAGGCCACUGGUGGCGCCAAGAAGCGAUCCUCCACCAGCGGUAGCAAAAACGAGGAGUGGAGCGCCAGCGAGGAUGUGGAUCUGCGGGAGCUGGCCGAUCAGUUGGCCGAUUUCAAUAGACGAGCCUUUGGGCCUAAUGGCUUGAACACCAUUCUGCGCCAGCAGCAGAACAGAUCCCGUGGCUCUAUGGCGCUAAUGCGACGCUACCAGACGCGGCUGCGGAUGGCGGAGACCAAGCUGGACAGGCUGAAGACCCAGUUAGAGGCAGACAACUGUGCCAGUGGACCUUGCAGCAAUGGAGCCACCUGUACCAGCACAUACAACGGAUUCCGUUGCCAGUGCCGGUCAGGAUUCGAGGGACCGCGAUGCGAACUGGACGUGAACGAGUGUUUCCUGUACGAAGGCACGGAUCUGGGCUGCCAGAACGGAGGCAUCUGCCAGAACAACGUGGGCUCCUUCAGCUGCACCUGCCUUCCCGGCUGGCACGGGCUGCACUGCACCCAGCGAAAGGGUGACUGCUCCCUGGCCAGCUCCUGGGAGCUAUGCGGACAUGGAACCUGCGUCCCCAGCGCCGACGACACGGGCUAUCGGUGUCUGUGCGAAGCCGGCUGGAAGACCAAUGGACUGACCCCCGUUUGUGGGGAGGACGUCGACGAGUGCCAGGAGUCGGCCGCCCACACACCCUGCUCCACCAAGUGCAUUAACCUGCCGGGCAGUUUUACCUGCGCCCCCUGCCCCGCUGGCCAGACUGGGAACGGCGUGAGCUGCCAAGACCUGGAUGAAUGCAAGACCAACAACGGCGGCUGCAGCCAGAGCCCCCUGGUGGAUUGCAUUAACACGUUCGGGUCGUACCACUGCGGCGACUGUCCAGUAGGUUGGACAGGCGAUGGCAGGUCGUGCGAACGAAGUGCUCCGGCUCCGGCCCCUGCCUCCGGAUCCAGCUCCGAGCUGUCCACCAUAAGCAGCUGUGCCCAGCGAAGGAGCCAGUGUCAUCCGGCGGCCAACUGCUUCGAGAUCUCAGGCACGGCAGUGUGUAGCUGUCCGGCUGGAAUGGUGGGCACCGGAUACGGUCCCUCCGGUUGCGUUAACGGAACUGCCAAAAACUGCGGCGCCACGAAUCCCUGUCUGAACAACGGCAUCUGUCUGGAUGUGGGCCCCUCCAACUUCACCUGUCUUUGCGGACGUGGCUUCCGGCCUCCACUCUGCGAGCCUCUGCCCAGCCCCUGUAACGCAAACCCCUGCCAAAAUGGUGGACGCUGUAGGGCCACCCAAGGAGGCGAUGGCUUUGUAUGCCAGUGUCUUCCUGGCUACCGGGACCGGCUCUGCUCGACGAGAUUCAGCAGCUGCAACUCCUUGCUCAGUGCGUCCAGCGGACGGCUGAGGUAUCCGCCGGAGAAUGCCGGCUACGAGCACAACGCCCAGUGCGCGUGGGUGAUCCGUACCAACGAGUCCCUCGUCCUGAACGUCACCUUCCACACCUUCGACGUGGAGGACUCGACGGAGUGUCGUUUCGACUGGCUCCAGGUGAAUGAUGGCCGCUCGGCUGCCUCUCAAAUAAUCGGGCGGUACUGCGGCAACCAUUUACCCCACGGCGGCAACAUCAUCUCCUCCGGCAACCAGCUGUACCUGUGGUUCCGCUCCGACAACUCCACGGCAGCCGCUGGCUUCGACCUGACCUGGACUUCAAUGCUGCCGCAAUGCGGUGGCCGCGUGGAGUUCGAAACUCACGGGACCUUGGCCUCCCCCGGAUCACCGGGCAACUAUCCCAAGAACCGUGAUUGCCAGUGGCAUCUCGUGGUGGCCAAUUCCAAACGGAUCAAACUGACCUUCUUCAGCCUGCAGCUGGAGCAGCACACUGACUGCAACUUCGACUAUGUGGAGGUUAAAGACGUAAUUUCUGGUAGCCAGCUGGCCAAGUACUGCUCCAGUGGGCAGCCAGCUCCACUGCUCUUACCCACCCAUGAAGCGCAGAUCCUGUUCCACUCGGAUGCCGAUGGAACUGACACCGGCUUUCAGCUGCACUACUCGGCGGAGGAGCGGAUACCCGGUUGUGGAGGCGUUUACACCGCCAAAGAGGGCACCAUUUCUGGAACCAGCCGAGUCGCCGGCACAGACUCCGACUCUGGCUCCGGGGAAUUGGUGUCCUGUGAGUACGAAAUCCACUUGGCUGUAGGUGAGGUGGUAUCGGUCAAGUUCCAGACUCUAGAGCUAGGCGCCAAGGACUGCCUGGAGGUUUGGGAUGCCAACGAUGAAGGCAGCUCCAUCCUGCAGGAGAAGAUCUGUGGCCCAGUGGUCGCUGCUGCGCCGGAUUACACCUCCCAGUUCAAUCGCCUCAGGAUAAAGUUCUUCGCCAGUUCCGGCCGUUUCCAACUGCGAUAUGAGAUGUCCUGCUCCCAGGUACUGGACAGUGCGGAGGGAACUAUAACAUCUCCGGGCUUCCCGAACACCACUAUUUGGCGGGACAGGAUGUGUACCUUCACAGUGAAAACGGCGGUGGACACGGUGAUCACAGUGAAACUGGUUGAUUUCGACCUGGAUGGCGGGGAGGAAGAUGACGCCUGCCUGACCACCAGUUUGAGCAUCAACGAUGGGAUGAACCGACGUAUCCUUGGACCCUUCUGCGGCAGCAACAAGCCGCAGACGGAGUUCAUCAGCGUCACAAACUUCCUGCAGUUCCACCUGACCACGGACGCAAAUACUCGUGGACGGGGCUUCAAGUUCACGUACGCAGCUCUUCCUGGGGCCACAGGCCACUGCGGUGGGGUUUACACAAAGCCCGGACAGAACAUAAGGCUGCAUGUGGACGAGGAAGGAAAGUAUGAGCCUGACGUCGAGUGCCUCUGGGUGAUUGCGGCGCCCGCCAACAAGGUGAUCCGACUGCACUGGCUGAGCUUUAGCAUGGAGGGCGGCUCGGACUGCAAUUACGACUAUGUGGAGGUGUACGAUACCCUGGAUGUUAAGAAUGGGCAAUAUCUGAGCAAAUAUUGCGACCACAGCCUGCCGGAAGACUUGCUCAGCCACUCCCGGCACUUGCUCAUCAAGUUCGCCUCGGAUUACAGUGAAUCCGAAGGCGGCUUCGAGCUGGCCUAUACUUUCGAGGAUCGGCCUGAAUGCGGCGGCCACGUGCAUUCCUCCAGCGGGGAAAUCACUUCCCCGCAGUACCCGUCAAACUACUCCGAAGGCCUGCACUGUGAAUGGCACUUGAGCGGCAGCGUGGGCAGUAGAAUAGAAAUUCAGGUCGAAGUUUUCGACCUGGAGGUGUCAGCCAAUUGCUCGGCGGACUACCUUGAGGUGCUGAACGGCGGCUCACCAGAGUCCAUGUUAAUUGGACGCUUUUGCGGCACAACUAUUCCCACCCGGCUACCCGGGUACACCAACGAGAUGAGAGUGAUCUUUCACAGCGACGUGGCCAGGAGCGGGCGCGGUUUCAGGCUGAGGUGGCGGCUGCUAAACACUGGAUGCGGAGGCCGCUUAAAGGCCAACAGGGGCGUCAUAACUUCGCCACGAUACCCGAAUCCGUACCCCCACCUGGCGAACUGUGAGUGGCGAAUAACCGUACACCCUGGAUCUGAAAUCGCACUGCUCGUCGAGGACAUCGAACUGGAAUCCUGGAGCAGCUGCUACUACGACAGCUUAAAGAUCUACGAAGGUCAAAAGACAACCGGGCAGCAGCCAAAAGUUACACUCUGCUCGGAACUAGAGGAGGGCAAUCGACUCAUCAGGAUUCAGGACCAGGAGGCCACUAUUGUCUUCAACUCCGAUAGCAGCAACGCCUACCGCGGAUUCCGAAUCUCGUACGAGGCCAACUGCGGGGUGACCUUAAGCAAGACCUACGGCACCAUCGAGAGCCUGAACUACAUGGAGCCGUUCGAGGACACCAUUCCGAUUAACUGCAACUGGACCAUAAAGGCGCCCCGCGGCAAUCACAUUCGCCUGGAGCUCUCCCACCUGGAAACGCACGAGGAGCACAUCCCUAAUGGCCUGCCUGGCGGCCUUUACAUCCUUGACGGCAACCGGACGCAAAAAUUAACAUCCGUGGCAUCGGUUAAUUCCAGUAGCGACACCCUCACUGUGGUCCACAAUUCGAGCAAUGUGAACUUCCAGCUGGACUACCGCAUCGACGGCUGCCAGGAGGAGCUGCGCGGCGAGAGUGGCACCUUCCAGAGUCCCAACCGCCCGGGCAUGUACCCCAAUAACCUGGAGUGCUACUGGCUGAUCGACGUUGGCAGUGCUGACAGAGUUGUGGAGGUCACCGUCUACUAUCUAGACCUCGAGGAGAGUGUCAACUGCACCAAGGAUGCACUAACGUUCUCCAACCACGCCAACGAGGUCCAGACCCAUGACCGCCAUUGCGGAUCCACUCCCAAACUGGUCGUGACCAGUUCUGGCCACCGGCUGCACGUGCGCUUCAUCUCGGACGGAUCCCAUAACGGUCAGGGCUUUGUAGCCAACUACCGAGCUGUGCACGCGGAGUGCGGCGGAAAAGUAACCUCCCGAAACGGAGUCAUCAUGUCACCCAACUACCCGAACCAGUAUCCGAAGGACAGCCAUUGCGAGUGGCAAGUGGAGGUGUCGCCGCAGCACCGGAUCGUAUUCGAUGUGCAGGAUCUGCAGCUGGAAAUGGGAAUGGACUGCAGCUGGGACUACCUGGAGGCCUACGACUUGGGCGAAGACGAAAUGGAGGGCCAGAGACUCUUCCGCGAGUGCAGCGAGGAAAGUGUAGCCAAUGGUCCUGUGAUGAGUGCCUCCAACCUGGCCCUGGUGCGCUUUGUUAGCGACGAUUCCAUUUCCAGAGCGGGCUUCCGGCUGCACUUCCACGAGUCCUGCGGCCAGCAGAUCAGCAUCGACGAGUCCGACUUUGAUUACAUCGAGCUGUCCCGGCAGGCGCCGCGGAACGAGAGCUGUUUGUGGGUUAUCCAGGCGCAGGAUGCCACAAAGCACGUCGUUCUGACGCCGACGCACAUAAAGUUGCGGGAGACAGCAGAUGCCCAGUACCCCACCGAGGGUGAUUGCAUGCCCGCGGGUGUGAAAAUCUACGAGGGCACCGAGGCCACCGGCACGCCCCGGCUCGCCUUCUGCCGCUCCCAUCCUCCGGCAAUUAUCUCAAACGGCCACGCCUUGACGAUCAGCGUUCCCCUGAUGCUGGUGGAGGAGUUCGAAGCCCACUACAUGACCAUGGACAUGGCCUGCGGCAGCCUGUACACCGCCCUGUCCGGCAAGUUCACCACGCCCUACUACCCAUCCUCCUAUCCGGCAAACAUUGAGUGCACCUGGAUUCUGAUGGCGAGUGCCGGCAAUUCGAUCAGCCUCACCCUGGAGUCGCUGGACCUGGAGCAGUCUGAGGGCUGCAACCGCGAUUACCUGGAGGUGCGCGAGGAGGACUCGCGAGGAGCCCUCAUCGGUGUCUAUUGCGGACAGACGGUGCCGCCGGUAAUCCGCUCCAGGGGAACUAUCUGGAUGAAGUUCAAGAGUGACGACGACAACGUGGGCGAAGGCUUUAUGGCGUCCUACAAUUACGAACACCACAACGAACUGAAUGGCACGGACGGAGUUGUGGAGUCGCCCCAUUAUCCCACCAACUUCAAAAGCUCGGAGCCCUACAGCUGGAGGAUCACCGUGGACAAGGACUACGUGGUGGUGAUAACAAUGCAGCACCUGCGAGACCUGGACCAGGCGCAUCUGAGCUUCUACGAUGGCUACUCCGACAUUGGCUCCCAGAUACCACUGGUCGACGUGGAUGAGCCCAUCCGGUCCAGCACCAACGUGGUAUACUUCACGGCCAAACGCGGGCCCUUCAGGCUUAACUGGCAGCGACUGUCCAAGGAGGAGUUGCGCUCCAACCGCACCCUGGCCGAGCAGAGCCAGAAGUGCGGCAAGCAGGUGAUCAACGUGGGCAGGGCCUUGCUGCUUUUCAAAUCCCCAGGAUAUCCGGAGGGCUACGAGCACAGUUUGGAAUGCGCCUGGACCCUAGUGCCCUAUAACCCGGCCGUCCACGUGAUGCUCACGCUGGACACGGUGGACCUGGAGAAGUUCGGCGACGACUGCAUAGCGGACUACCUGCAGAUCUCCAGCAGCAACGACCUGCAGAACUGGUCAGAGCCAAAGAAGAUCUGCGAAUUGCCGAGCGAUGCUCCUUCGCGAACCAUCCACGGAACACCCUACCUGCGGGUGGAGUUCAUUACGGACGCGAGUGUUAACAAGACGGGCUUCAGAAGUUUUCUGCGCACUGCCUGCGGCUCGGAUAUCUUUGUGACUGGCAAGAUUCAGUUGAAUCUCACGGAGGUGCUGAACAGAGGUCCGGCCGUCCAGCAGGACUGCAUCUGGACGCUGAGGGUGCGCCAGGGGCGCCGGCUAAGACUGGAGUUCCCGGAAGUCAUCCUUAAGAACGGCGACAGCCCCGCGGACUCCGCCGCCUGCGAGAACUUCCUGGUGCUGCGUAACGGCGGCGCCGGCGACUCACCCUUCCUGGGCAGGGGAAAAUACUGCGAGGACAACAUCGCGGAUGCUCUGGAGACCUCCUCAAACACGGCCUACGUGAAGUUCCACCACAAGAGGGGCCCGGUCAGCUCGCGAGUUACCUUCAGCGUGGAAGAAGUGGGCCAGGCCUGCUCCCGGCGCAUCCAGCUGACCUCCGGCCAGGACUCGGAGGUGAUCAGUUCGCCCCUCUACCCGAAUCUCCCCAACCCGCACUCGGAGUGCGUCUGGGUUGUGACAGCUCCUCCCGAGCACCGGAUCAUGCUGCACUUCGAGGACCGGUUUGACUUGGAGGACCUCUCGAAGGACUCCGGCGAGUGCCAACGGGAGUUCGUCCAAGUCCACGAUGGCGGCACGGAGCUGAAGCCUGAAUUGGGUCGCUUCUGCGGCAACCGCAAGCCCGACACCAUCUAUUCCAAAGCCAGCCAGAUGAGGAUUCGCUACUUCACGGAUGUGGCCGAGCCACACUCCGGCUUCAAGGCCACCGUCAAGCUAGCCAGCUGCGGCGGCGCCUUCUACAGCCCCGAGGGCGUCAUUUCCUCGCCCUCGCGGGAGCUGCUCCACACACAUAUCGAGGACGGGCGCCCGAUCCGGGAGUGCGUCUACACCAUCGAGAUGGAGAAGGGCACCACCAUCGAUAUGGAGACGACGAGCCUCAGCCUACCCAGUCCGUAUCAGAAUGGCAACUGCUCGCAGCACACCCACCUGCUGCUGGAGGAGAUAGAGCCGUACGGGGAGGAGGGCGAGGAGCGCGUCUCCGACCAGCUCUACAUAUGCGGAUCGGACAGCCGGCACCUCCUCGUGGAGACCAACAAGGUAAUUAUCCGUUACCGCAUCAUGGAUACACUGCCGCCCGAGGCCUACGUCUUCAGCUGGGCAUACAAGUCGGUGGGUUCGCGCUGUGGCGAGACCAUCCAUGCCGUCCAGGGCGUGCUCCAGACCCCCGGCUACCCGGACGGCGUUACUCGGCCGGUGCACUGUCUCUGGAAGCUGGAGGUGCCCAAGGGGCGCCGCAUUAAGUUGGAAAUCUUGGACUUCAGCGUUACCCUCGAUCCGGUUCCUGCCAUUGGGCGGACUUUCCGCGGGCGACUCACCGUCGCCAACGACCACAGGAUGAUCUCUAUUCUGGGCAGGUACACCGACAGUGCGCCCGCGACGGUCAUCUCCUCGGACAACACCAUGGGCGUCGAAGCCUUCCUGAUGCCCAUCUCUCGGCACCGAGGUUUCAAGCUCCGUUUCAGCACCUAUGGGCUGACCCAGUGCCGUCGGUUCGUCCUAGACGAGGGCGUUAAGAGGGAGAUUAGCUUCCAGAGGACCAAUAUCACCCAGGCGAUGCACUGCAGCUAUGACCUAGUGCCGCCGGCGAACUCAACCGUCCUGAUACAAAUCAAGGAGUACAACACCACCUCUGCCAUGAUGCUCAACAACCGGCUCUGCUCCUUGAUAUCGCCCCUUAAGUUGAAGCGCCAGGACGAGUCGGAGCCUCUGAUGUCCCGCAUCCUGUGCGGCUUCGAGUCCCUGAAGCCCGACCAGCCCCGGCCCACCGUGCGCCUCCCCUUCCCCAUCCAGCUGACCGUGACUGCGAGCGCCCGCAACGCCCUGACGAACCUGGUCCUGGGCUAUAAAGUGCAAGCCUGUGGCGGCAUGAUCGUCCUGGAGCCCGGUGACAGCAUGGUGGUGCGGCAACCCAGUGGAAUGGCCGGCACCCAGGGUGCCAUAGACUGUGCCUGGGCCAUCGGUCCGGGCGUCUCGCCCGCCGGAGAGGACGGCGAGCUGGCGCUGCAGGACAUCCAGUUGGAGGUUUCGGUCGAACUGAACCUCCCCACUCCCGCUCCCGCUCCCGCGGCAGGAUCAACGCUGGCGCCCUGCCAAAACCACUAUCUAAACGUUUACAGUGGUCCCGACCAGAACUCGCCCUCACUGGGAAUGCUGUGCAACACGGCCGCCGUCAAGAACCUGGUGGUGGAGCGCGGGCUCUUCCUGGAGUACCAUGCGGAGAACUUCGUGCCCAACGCCACCUUCAACGUUUCGAUCAAAUACGGAUCCGGGUGCGGCGGCAAACUGCAGUAUCCGUUCCGGCCCAUCGACUUUGGGGAGCAGUACAAGAACAACAUGGAGUGCGUCUGGGAGGUGGAGGCGGAGCCGGGCUACCACAUCGGACUCUCCUUCCUGGGCCGCUUCUACAUCGAGGACAGCAGCGGCUGCACCAAGGACUACCUCCUGGUCCAGCAGCGGAAUGAGAGCACCGCCAACUGGACGGACAUCCAAAGGAUUUGCGGACGAGUUCCGCCGGAGCAGAUCAACACCACGAUGCCUUACAUGCGGUUGACGUUCCGGUCCGACGGGGACGUGGUCGGCGACGGGUUUCUGGCCAAGUUCGAGCGGAACUGCGGCGGUGUGCUGUACGCCGAGGAGGAGGAGCAUGAGCUGUCUAGCCCAGGAUACCCCCAGGGCUACGACAAGUACCUGCACUGCAACUGGACGAUUGUGCCGCGAGAUCCGCAUGCCAACGGUGUUCUGGUCAGCUUCCUGCACUUCGAUCUGGAGAACUCCCCCACAGGCUGCAUGUACGACAACGUCACGGUGACCACCAAGGACAACGAUGACGAAAGAAGCAAGCAGGCCACCAUCUGCGGAAUGAAGUUGAAGCACGAGUACCGGGCGAAGAAGUCCGUGAACCUGGUCUUCGCGACGGACAACAGCUACUCCGGCCGCGGCUUCCAGCUGCUGUACACCAGCCGGGUCUGCGGCGGCGUCAUCUCCCAGACGAGCAUCGUGGAGUCGCCCAAGCAGCACACCGACAACAGCUUCCCGCCGAACAGCGACUGCUACUGGAACCUCACGGCCCCCGAGGGCCACAAGUUCACCGUCAAGUUCGAGAAGCUGGACUUUGAGGCGCAAUCGGAGUGCAUGUACGACGGCGUGGAGAUCUUCAGCGGGCCGGCUCCGGUGGAGGCCGAGCGACGGGGUCGCUACUGCGGCCGCAUGACCGACAACCUGCCGGUGAUCAGCAUACCACGGGAGCGUGGUCUCAUCCACAGCUUCUCGGACGAACGGGAUCCGUCGCAGGGCUUCCGGGCCCUGGUCCGUGUGAUGCGAAACUGCGAUGAGGUCAUCGCCAUCAACGGCUCCCUCUACACUUACAACAGGUUUAACACGGCCGGCGGAUAUGACAACGACCUGGACUGCGAGGUGAACUUCCGGGUGCACCGGGAUCAGCAGAUCAAGCUCCAGUUCUCCAGCUUCCACGUGCAGAGCUCCGCCGACUGCCAGAAGGACUUUGUCGAGCUGCGGGACGGAGCCGGUCCCUUUGCCGAUCUCAUAGGUCGCUUUUGCGGCAAUGAUCUGCCUCCCACGCUGGUCACCACGCGACACACACUCUUCCUGAGAUUCGUGACGGAUGCGACGGUCAACGACUCCGGUUUCGAGCUACAGAUCGAUGCAGUACCCCGGCUAUGCGGUACCCCGGAUAUAAUGCUCGAUUCUACUGUACCACCGUUCGUGUCGUUGGGAUCCCCGUAUGUGGAGUCUUCGGACGCGAUCUCGGGACUCUCCUGCUUCUGGAAGAUUAGCAGCGAUAAACCCAUAAGCCUGCAUUUCGAGCAGCUCUCGCUGCAGGGUCCGGACGCGAACGGAAGCUGUUCGGAUGACUACCUGAAGGUGUACACCCGUGAGGAUGCCGAGAUGGUGAGGUCUGGCUUUAGCAGCGAACUGGUCAUCAACGGCAACCUGGACCGGCGCAACUACGUGGACUACGCCACGGAGCACGUCUUCUGCGGGAACUCGACGCCGGACACCUACUACUCCAACUCAAACGAGGUGUACUUGAAGUUCCACCGAACGAACCGGACGGACAAGAACGCCUCCUUCCGCGUCGUUGCCAUGGCCUCCACCAACUGUGAGUGGCAGUACACGGGCCUCCAGGGCCGCGUCCACCUGUCGGAGACCUCCAACUGCGACGUGAUGAUCAAGGCACCGGAGAACUACACCCUCAGUCUGUACUACACGGAGUUGGUGUUCGCGGCCUACGAUUGCGAGGACGAGAACCUGCAGGUCUUUGACCGGGGCAACAGAUCCCUGCAGAAGGUAUGCGGCUACGUCGACACCGGCAAGAGUCUCUUCACCUCCACCAACGAGCUGCGGCUGCACGUCAAGACGGGCACCUUUUUGAUUACUGUGGACUUGACCUACCUGGCCAGCCCGGUGGAGCAGGGGCCCGGAUGCGGGGGCCAGUUCUACAACACCGAGGGCCUCUUCACCAACCCCUUCUACCCGGCCAAUGUCCGGAACAACUCCGACUGCCGUUGGGUUAUCCGGGUGCCGAGCAACAACAAGGUGCUGCUCAACUUCGACGUGUUCAAUCUGGGCAGCCGGAGCACCUGCCACACGGACUACCUGCAGAUUUUGGAGCAGGACGCGCCCAACGGGGAGGAGAAGGAGGUGCGCCGCUUCUGCGGGGACGACAAUCCGCGGAGCUACAUCAGCAAGAAGAGCCAGCUGGUGGUCCGCUUCCACAAGACCGUCAACUACGACGGCGUGGGCUGGGUGAUCCGAUUCGCCGGCGUCUACUCUAACUACAGGCUGCCCGCCUACCUUAUGGGCGCCAUGCCCUAGACAGGAUGAUACUCAGACGUAUUCUUCUCACAAAUUGUAAACUCAU